UUAGAGAAGCUGUCAGACUUGUCAAAAAUUAAUAAUAUUGGCCCUUGUUUUCGGUAAAUUAAAAUUUUGAUUAUUAAUAUUUUCAUUACCACACACCUUGGGUAUGUGUUUAAUACCUAUUCAACUAUCUGUGUAAAAUAUAAUUCUAAAAUUUGUAACAACCAAUUUUGGACAAGAGGGAAUUAUGGAAGAACAGUCUUCAAGUUCUAAUUUACAGUCAUCGAAAAUGCAAUUAUUGGAAAGCUUACGAAUUUCUCUGAAACGACGACCACAAAUGAUUGAAUUGAUCAUGAGUAUGAGAAAGUGUAUUAAAAAGAAGAACGUUGUCAUAAAAAAAUUAAAACAAUGUUUGAAAGAAAAGAACGUCAGAACAACAUCCAUAAAUGCAUCUUCUCAAAACAACGUGUUCGAAUUGAAUAUUCCACACAGCAGUGAAAAUGAGACGCCAACCUCAGACAAUGACAACCAAUCUUUAAAAAAUACCAAGUCCACGCAAACACCUAAAGUAAAAACAAGCGAUACUGCGACACAAAUGGAGACAAUGAAAACAAAAAAAUGUGAGGAAAGCCUAGAAGCGGGAUGGAAUUUGCAUGAUGGUUCAGGAGAGAUGUCUCUUGCCGAGCAAGUGAAAGAGGUGGCCCAGACUGCCUUGCAGCAGACAGGGAUGGUGUAUGUUGAGUCAGCAGGCAUGUACUACGAUUACAAGACUGGUUAUUAUUAUAAUUCUGAACUGGGUCUCUACUAUCAUACCGAUACCAAUUGCUAUUACUACUAUUCAGACGAGAAGCAGAGCUUUGUCUUUCAUUCUUAUCCUGAUAGUAGCAUCGAGAAUCCUGGUUUAGUUGCUCAUAAUAAAAAGAAAGCUAGAAAGCACAAAGCUGUACAACUAAAAGAAGAUGUCAUGGAAAACCUGACGAAAAACUUAUCUCAGGAAAAUGAAGACAGCCACCUUAGGCUGAAGCAGAGGAAGAUUUCAAAAGUUAAAGAAUCCAAGAAUAAAAAACCUUUUAAAGCUAAAAUUGAUGAAAAUGGUGAUCAAUCUAUAGAAAAUAAUGGUGAAAAAUGUGAUGUUAUGGAGUUAGAAGACAAAGAACAAAAUAGUGAAGACACACAGGACACCAGCAAGAAGGACAACAAGGCAUCCAGGGAUCUCGAAGAUGGAGAAUGCAGUGAUUCAGCUGAUGAAGACUCUGGGUCAGACAAUGAAUGUUCAUCUAAUGCCAGCACAUCCACAUUAACUGAUGAUGAAAAUGUUGCAAAACACCAUCCACCGUGUAUGCGCGUGAUCGUCAGGGAAACUAGUCUACCCAAACUGAAAAUUGGAAAUCUUUUCCUGAUAACGAAAGAUGGCGGCACGAUCGGAAGGGAAGGGGAGCAACACGCUAUUGUUUUAAAAGACCACAACGUGUCUAGGAAUCAUUUGGACAUUCAAUACGACCUCGCACGACAGACGUACACCGCUGUGGAUCUAGGAUCUAAGAACGGAACGAUACUGAACGGCAUCAGAAUGUCUGAGAGUCAAGUCGUCAGCAAACGCGUCGAUGUCGUUCAUGGCAGCACGAUACACAUAGGCGAGACUAAACUGCUGUGCCAUGUGCAUCCGGGAAAUGACACCUGUGGCCACUGUGAGCCGGGCCUCGUGAUGACAUUAGAGGAGCGAGAGAAGAAAGUCGCGUACACGCGCACGUGCAGCGUGCAGCGGCAGCACCAGCUCGAGCUGGCGCGGCUGAAGAACAAGUACGCGCCGAAGGUGCUGAGCAUCGAGGAGACGGCGUACAACGACCGCGCGCAGGCCCGCCGCGACGCCGUCGGCUCCUCGCACGAAGCCGAGAAAACGCAGACUACAGACCUCGACACGUUUAUCGCGCCCGAGAAUAAAGGUUUCCGGCUACUAGAGAAGAUGGGCUGGUCCAAAGGCGAAGGACUCGGGAAGGACAGCCAGGGAGAAAUAGAACCGGUACCUCUGAUUAGUAACGAAGGUAAGGCAGGGCUUGGUACACCCGGAGCUUCAAACGUGCCGCCCCUUGUACCCACCAGAACUACCAAAAAUACCCUCGGUCCGGCCACUUUGAGGCUGGCAACACGAACGAAAAUGCUACAACCGCCCGCCAAAGCUUUCAGUCAAGACAAUGGCGAGGAAUCAGAAUGAAUUAUAGCAAUUCAUCAUCCAUAAAUAAAUGUUGUAUAUUAAUUAAUAUUCUUACUGGUGGUAGGACUUCAUGUGAGUCCGCACGGGUAGGUACCACCACCCCGCCUAUUUCUACCGUGAAACAGUAAUGCUUUUCGCCUUCAAGGGUGGGGCAGGGGCAGCCGUUGUAACUAUACUGAGACCUUAGAACUUAUAUCUCAAGGUGGGUGGCGCAUUUACGUUGUAAAUGUCUAUGGGCUCCAGUAACCACUUAGCACCAGGUGGGUUGUGAGCUCGUCCACUCAUCUAAGCAAUAAAAAUAUAUAUAUAUAUUAUUUGUAGCAGUCUCGAAGAUGGUCGAAUCGUCUCUUAAUGAAAAUACAUAUACCUAGUCAGGUCAUAAAUUCUGUCACAUGUUUAAUGUAAAAUAAUUGAAACAAGUUUAUUCAUUAUGUAACCAUUCAUAUACCAAAAUGAACUUAACAAAACAUAGAUUCUUAUGACACUAAAGUUUAUUCAAAAUGACCUCCGUGAUUUUGAAUACAGGCCUUCAAUCUGCGCGGCCAGUCGUCUAUCGCAGCACGAACGAGGUCCAUGUCAAUAUCGGCGGCUGCCUUAAUCAAGGAUGUCUUGAGUGAUUCCAAAUUGGGAUGAGGCUUUGAGCACGCCUUUUCCUCCAAGUGUUGCCAUAUCUUGUAAUCUAACGGAUUCAAAUCUGGACUGGAGGAGGGCCAGUCUUCGUGCCGGAUGAAGUCGAUUUCACGCGCCGCCAGCCAGUCUUGUGUGCUCUUCGCUCUAUGAGCUGGCGCCGAAUCUAUUUGGGAUACCCAGUGCCUGUUAUUGAACAUGGUAUGAGAAACAGGUUCCACAAGGUUCGUCAGGACUAUAUUUUGAUACACAACUGCAUUCGUUUUUACACCUUUCUCACAAAAAUGUACCUCUAUUAAGCCCCAAUAAGAAACUCCCAACCAUACCAUGAGCGAGGAUGGAAAAUGACCUCGUUGGACACGCGGAAUACGGUUGCUCGCUUCUUCACUACUGUGUGCGUACACCUUAUCAUUUUGUUUGUUGUAGCUCUCUUCUACGGUAAAAAAUUUUUCAUCCGAAAAAAGAAUUUCCCGAUAUUUUUUCUUCGCGUGCCGCUUCAACAAAGCGCGGCAUCUCUUCAGUCUCAGGUCCAUUAGACGAGCAUUCAAGCGAUGUCCUGUUUUUCUUCGAUAUGCCCGAAGCCCUAAGUCUUCAUUUAACACCCUUUUCACCGUGGUUCUGCUUAACCCCAUCUGAAGGGCCAACAGUUUCUGCUUACGUUUGGGAUUUCUUUGAAUUCGCGCCUUCACAGCUUUUAUCACUGCUGGAAUCCUAACAGACCGAGGGCGACCACUUCUUGACCUGUCAUCUACACUAGAGUCUUCAUUGUAUCGUUUGAUGGUACGAUAAACGAAUCUUUUCGUUAUAUUCAAAUUUUUCAGUAUGUUAAAAAUUUGAAUUGGCGCGUAACCGCAACGAUGCAACGCAAUAACUGCAACACGGUCUUCUUUAAGCGUCCACUCCAUAUUUAAAAAUGAGUAAAAUUCUUUUUAGAAUGUAUACAAAAUACAUAUAAUGUAUACAUUAUAUACAAUGUAUACAUAUAACAAAAAUGUAUACUUUUGUAUACAUUUUUAUUUUCAUGAACAAUUCGAAUUCAAUAAACUUUUUUGUGGCCAGCAUUCUAAAAGAAAAGUUAUUACUGUGUGACAAUACUUAUGACCUGACUAGGUAAUUAUGAUUAUUAUUAUUGUGGUCUUCGCGGAAGAAAAACAAUGUGUUAAUUAAUUAGGAUUACCUUAUUAUUUUUCUUUAAAUGUAAAUAAUUAUUUGUCUCUUGAUGUGAUGUGUACAGUAAUUGUAUUAAAAUAAAAACUGAGAAAUGAAA